CGCAAAUCGACGAGCGCAAUUCGAGUGCUCACCAAUCUUUACGCCUGAUACAAACAUCCAGAUGCCUCAAAAUAACCCACCAUAAUAAUGCUCUCGACCCGCAAAGCUCGUAUCCAUCUCAUUCCCCGCGUCAUCGCCUUCGCGGCCGCCUUCUAUGCCUUCUGUUGGAUCAGCGGCUUCCCUCGCGAAUAUGACGACGACGAACUCCCUCCAGAUGGCCAGCACCGAAAACUAUCCACGUCCCAUAGCCCUCAUAGCGUGCCUAUCGAUCAGGUCGUCGUGUCCAUCAAGACGACUGCUACUGAUGCCUACUCGAAACUGCCCCCCAUGCUCGUCCUCACAAAGCCGAUAUAUCACGACACACUUCUCUUAAUGAGCGACCUUGAGAUGGAUAUUGGUGCUUUUCAUGUCGAGGAUGUGCUAAACAAAUUUAAUACCCACAUUGUGGAAUCGAGCGAAGACUUUUAUCGCUACCACCAACAAAUCGAUUUCGCCCGCGCAGGUAGAGAACUGAGAACUUUGCAGGAGGUGGACCCACAGAAGGAGAUGGAGAUCAGGGACAAGCUGGAUAAAUAUAAGUGGUUGCGGAUGGUUGGGAAAACAUGGGAACUCAGGCCAGACAGGAGCUGGUAUGUGUUUGUCGACACAGACACAUACCUAUUCAGGUCCAAUCUCAUGUCGUGGUUGGGGCAUUAUGAUGCUACUGAACCAUAUUUCCUUGGAAAUCCUCCCGAUAAGACUUCUUUUGCCCCGUUUGCGCUCGGAGGUACCAUGUUUGUGCUUUCCCUCAAGGCCAUGCAGGAGCUCCUUGUGGAGCGCGAGAUGGUAGUUCCAGACUGGGACUCACGCAUCGCUAACCACGCUUCUGGAUUUGAAGUCCUCUCCUCGGCCCUGUCCUCGGAAAUCAGCCUCAGUCUCAACAGCUCCUUUACAAGGGGGAUUUCGGGUCUUCAUCCCGGCACCAUCCCUUACGGCCCCGGGAUGUGGUGCGAGCCUGUCAUUGCUCUGCACUCUGUUCCCGCUGAACUCGCUAGCGACAUAUGGCGUCUCGAACGAGACCGAGAGGAGUAUAAUCACGUACGCGAACCAAUGACGUUCGAAGUGUUGUGGAAGAGUUUCAUCCAGCCAGAGGAUAUGUUGAACGCCCGGGACAAUUGGGACAAUUUGUCAUCUGGACCGGAGAAUGCGAAAUGGAACAUUCUGUUCGAGGGGACCCAACACCACAAGCAAGCCGCCGAGCGCACGCAUCGACAUAUACACCGUGACGAGGACGGGAAAGCAAGCAGUGGGGAAGACUCCUGGGAGGCUUGCCGCGAUUCAUGCUACAACAACGACCACUGCGUGCAAUUUUCGUACUCCUCUUUACCGACGCCAAACUACAAUGAAAACCCAUCUACAAAAUGCCAUUUAAGCAGCAGUAUGAGGCUAGGUGGUCCGAUUGACCCUCAAGACGUCGUUGUGGACGGCAAGAAACAGACACGAACGUGGAGCAGCGGGUGGAGGAAAGAUAAGUUUGAGAAGUGGGCACAACAACAAAGGUGCAAGGGCCAACAGAAUUGAAACGUUCCCAAUGUUGUUCCAAUCCGACUCUUAGUCAGACACGCAUUUCCAUUUGUGAUUUGGAUUUCCCUCACCCUCCUAUCAUAUAGCUUCCCCCCCCAAGUCGUAUCA